AUGUUGAUUAACGGAAGGAUAGUCGAAGGACCAAUUGACGAGGACUUGGGCCCCAUGCAAGCAAACAAUAAUGGAAUUGGCAUUGCAAACAAUUCUGCAGAUAUUCCUCCGCUUCCCCAGGCCAAUCUUACCCAGAAAGCCAAUGUUCUCAAUUUCCAUAACUAUCAAGUAUCUUUGAACCCGAAAUAUAAACAGUCUGAUACCAUUAAACACUUUAACAAAUUGAAACAAUUUUCAAUCUCGAGAUCCUCCUUGAACCGUUGGAUUGCCAAUGAACAAAAAAUCAAGGAAGAUGCUUUGAAGUUGAGCAGCAACUCUAAGUCGUUAACUAAGGUCAGAAAGUCAAUUAAACCAUCCAUGAUCAAAAUUCAAGAGUUUUUUGCCAAAAAUGAAAACAUUAUUAAAUGCUUGGAAUUUUACUAUAUUCAAGAAUUGUUGAUUCAUCCUAAUGACUCUCCAAUAGAUAAGGAAAUACUACUCAAAUUCAAUGAAUUUAAGUUGCAAUUGGAAGGUGCCGAAGCUGCCCGAACCUUACUAAAUGGAACGCUAAUUGACAACGAAAGUUGGCCCCAAUACUUUAAAGAAAAAAUUAUCAAGUAUCAAAUUGAUUCGAUUCAAGACAAUUUGAUAGAGCAGUUGCAGAUUCAUAAGAAUAGUAAGCUUCUAGUUCAGGAAAAGGAAAGAUUGCAAAGGAUAUUCAGUAACUACCAUCACGACAAUAUAUAUCAAUUCAAUGAAUUGAUAUUUGAUUUGGAAACGUUGUAUGAAAUUGCAGAAUUGAACGGAGAUAUCAAGAAACACGACACCACUGAACAACAAAUUGGGAGUAUUUCAUUAUAUGAAGAACUUCGGAAAGAAUUCACAGUAACAUUUGGUAUUGUUGGGAAUGUGAGCGGUACAGACUUUCCUCCCCCAUUGAUUAUCAGCAAUGUUAUAGACGGUAGUAAAGAGGAAGCCGAGGAUGUGUAUUACGACCCAGAAGGUUUAAACAGGAGGCAGUUUUUGAGGGACUUCUUGCAUAAGUGGGACAUUAAGCUAGGCACCGAGGGAAGAUCAAUCGCAUUGUUGUUGGAUACUCAUUGGCAGCAUUUCGGUUUGGGAGAAUACGGAUUGCAAAAAUUUUACAAUAUUAAAUUAGUAUUCAUCAAUUCCAAGUAUGAUCCCUCUAAUUCCAUUUACCAUAGAAAUCAAUUGAGACUACCAUUCUCCAUCGGAUUUGAAAGGUUCACCAAGUAUCAAUUGAAAAUGAAAUUAUUCAAUAAGUUUUACAAAGAUACAAGGGUUGUCUAUAACAAGCAAGAAGCUUUCAAGGAUUCCUUGGGAAUUAUCAAUAAUUUGAAGAUAAAUUAUGAUUUGAUUACCGAAAAAGUGCAAACUGAAAGGGAUAUGAAUAUAUUCUAUAAGUUAGGUUUCGAAGCAUCAAAUUUAUUUGAUCAAGACUUUGAGUCUCACCAAGCAUUAGCAUACGACCCAGCAUUACAGCAGUUUUCUUCACUCUCUGAUGAUACAGAGCUGAAUGAUGGAAAUAAGAACAACGGCAAGUCUAAAUCCCUUGGUGCUAAAAACACUGGUACUAUUAGUCCCUUGAUCCCGGAUGAUUUGAAAUCGAAAUUACAAUUUUCAGAUAGUUCCAGGAGAUUGAUCAAUAAGCGAUAUGAACAGGAACUAUACCAGUUCAUCAGAACUAUCACCAAGGCAAUCAUCAAAUUGAAUCCCAAGGAUGAAAUUGACAGCUCACAGUUGCAGUCAUUUUUGAUUAAGGAAUUUACAAAAGGACUAAAUGAGAGGAAGUUCAAUAAAAAGUACUCCAUGCGAGCAAUUGUUGAGUUCAUCCAGCUAAAUUUGAAGUACAAAGAAAACGAAUUCAAAAAGACAGCUUCUGAUUUGGAGAGUAGAAAGGAAGAUGACUCCAAAAUAAUGUUGAAGAAAGAUUUAGACACUGAUAGGAAAUUUUUGAACGAAAUUCAACCAUUUUUGUACAAGGCAUUCAAAAAUGGACAAAACAGUAAACUUGAGUCACAAGUUAGUCCUGCAACUGACCAACUGCAAACCAUUACUAUCUCAGAAGAGACUUUUAAGUUGUUUAACAGAUUUUACACAUCAUAUGUAAAUGACACAGCUGCAAUAAGCAGCAAAGUGAAAUACAGCGACCGCAGGAGAACAUCUCCAUUUCAGCCGGAGGACAAGAUCAACUUGAAAAAGAGAAAGCUGAGUAAAUAUGUAACUGAAAGUGACAAGAGUGAUGAUGAGGGGCAAAGAGGUUCAAUACGAAGGGACGCAAUUAGCGCAACCAAGUCAGUAGACGAGAACAAUUUCGUGUCCAAUUUCCUGGAUUCAGAAGACGACUCGAGGUUAGAACAAUCAAGGCUCGAGUAG